ACUUCCCUCUACUGCAGUACCACGGGCGACCAGUGUGCGGCAGCAACACGCCACACGGCCACAGCGAGGAGCGCCCGAAGGAGCGAGCUUUUUUACCACAACCAGCGGGGAAGGAAAAGAGACAGAAAACAGAAAAAGUGACAAAACCAGACGGUUUGUAAAAUGUCUAAAGUCCAAAGGCUGAGAGCUUUGGUGGAGGAGCGGCUGACUGCGGCUGCUGAAGACAUAUAUGUGCUGUUUGAAAGAAUCAUAGCCGAGUAUGAGGAGGAACUGUGUCGCUCCAAACAGGAGAACGAGAGGAACCAACGGCUCCUGGACUCGACUCUGAGUCCUCAGAGCCCGAGAGUCGUGCUGACCAGAGUCGGUGUCCACAUGUCCUCUCUGAGUCCUGGUCUCACUCUGAAACAGGAAAUCCCAGAGACUCCACAGAUUAAAGAGGAGCCAGAAGAACAGCACGUCAAACAGGAGGAAGAGGAGCUGCAAGUGUCUGUCCCUGAGGCCAAUGAUGGCUGUGUGAAGACAGAAGAGCCCUCACUGCUUCAAAGAAAAGAAACUGAUCACAGAGAGGACACACAGGGAGAGGACAUCAACUCAGAGACACAUGUCCACCUCGAGACUGAGGGAGACACGGAGCACUCUUCUGACACUGACAGUGAUGAAGACUGGAGUGCUCCAAUCGGCUCUUCAGCUGCACAGAUGGAGACAGAUGCAGAUGGAGACCACUGCAACCAAGUCCAGAUCAGAGACAAAAGCACCACUGCACCAAACUCAAGUCUAUCCCCCAAAUACAAAUCUGCACCAGAGACCAGAGCCACUGUGGACAAUGGGGACGUGUCAGGAACAGCUGAAGGAACUGCAGACAAGAAACACCAGUGCUCUGUUUGUAAAAAGAGAUUUGGCUUAAAAAUCGAUUCAAUAAGACACUUUAGAAUUCACACAGGAGAGAAACCUUACAGCUGUUCUGUCUGUGAGAAAGCAUUUAUUCAAAAGGGUCAUCUCACAGAACACAUGAGAACACACACCGGGGAAAAACCUUACAGCUGUUCUCUCUGUGGGAAAGCAUUUAAUCUAAAGAGUCAUCUCACAAAUCACAUGAGAACACACACAGGAGACAAGCCUUACAGGUGUUCUCUCUGUGAGGAAGCAUUUAUUCAAAAGAGUAAUUUUAUAUACCACAUGAAGAAACACACAGGAGACAAACCUUACAGCUGUUCUGUCUGUGAUAAAGCAUUUAUUAAAAACAGCGAUCUCACAAGACACAUGAAAACACACACAGGAGAAAAGCCUUACAGCUGUUCUGCCCAGAGCAUUGAUCUGAAAAGACAUACAAAAAGUCACACAGGAGAGAAAUAGUUUAAAAUAAAGUCUAACAAGCCUCAAACAGAGCAGUGCUUACAGUUAACAUCACACCGCCAAAGAAUGUUGAUGACAUCAGCUGCACAGUAUCAUUUGUACUUAGUUGAGUCGAUGUUUAAACCUGUGUCUGUAUUUAUUAGACACGUAACUGUUUGUUUACUGAAGUAUCAUUUUUCAGUUCUAUUUCUACCAAUGUAGGGCUGAAUGAUUUAGGGAUUUUUUAUGUUUUAAUAAUGUAAAUCUGUUCAAAGUUCAUAUUUUAAACACAUCCAGAGGAAAUGACAAAAAGACUGAAAUCUGAACUGACAAACUAAUGCAAGAAUCACAUUUCACAACAUGUUUGUACAGAACUACAGGGUUAGGAGAUUUUAAGCAGUAUCAAUAUUACAAAAGUCACAUUCAAAGGACAGAAAUUAACCAAACUUUACAAUGAUCCUGAUCUGUAUCUUUUACAAGUGUAAGACACAUAGACUCGUAUACACCCAUGGACCACUAUGAACCUACUGCACACUGAGGGAUUACACACAUAUAACACACAUGGGAAUAUGAAAGAAAGUACUACCAUUUAAAGUUAAAAUCACAUUGUAUUGUGUAAAUAAAGAGUGUUUUUAUUAUC